CGAAAAAAUGUGGAUAUUUGGAAGGAGAGGGCUAUCUGGUUUCUCCGGUUCAUCAACGGCUGAGGAAGUUACUCAAGGAAUAGAUGGAACCGGCCUUACUGCCAUCGUUACAGGAGCCUCAAGUGGUAUUGGUGUAGAGACUGCCCGUGUCCUUGCCUUGCGUGGUGUACAUGUAAUUAUUGCAGUUCGCAAUGUGGAAAGCGGUAAAGAAGUACAACGAAGUAUAGCUAAACAGAUUCCUAAUGCCAAAGUUGAUGUCAUGGAAUUGGAUCUUAGCUCCAUGGAAUCUAUUAGAAAGUUUUGUUCCGAAUAUGACUCCUCCGGUCUACCCUUGAACCUCCUCAUUAACAACGCAGGGAUUAUGGCUCCGCCAUUCAUGCUCUCUCAGGACAACAUUGAAUUGCAAUUUGCAACUAAUCAUGUUGGCCACUUUCUUUUGACAAAUCUUUUAUUGGAAAAGAUGAAACAUACAUCUCGUGAGAGCCAGAAAGAAGGGAGAAUAGUCAUUGUUUCUUCAGAGGCACAUCGAUAUCCAUACAAGGAAGGAAUUCGGUUUGAUAAAAUUAAUGACAAGGAAAGUUACAGUCCUUGGUAUGCUUAUGGACAAUCAAAGCUUGCAAAUGUAUUGCAUGCUAAUGAACUUGACAGGCACCUUAAGGAAGAAAGGGUGGAGAUUACUGCUAAUUCACUUCAUCCAGGAGCAAUCACCACAAACCUUUUUCGCCAUCUCAGUUUCAUCCAUGGUGCUGUCAAAUUCAUAGGCAAAUACGUGCUCAAAAAUAUUCCACAGGGAGCGGCGACUACGUGCUAUGUGGCAUUACACCCGCAAGUUAAGGGAGUAAGCGGUGAGUACUUCUCAGACAGUAACAUAGCCAAACAGAGCUCUCACGCUAAGGACUCUGGUUUGGCCAAGAAGCUAUGGGUGUUCAGUUUGAAUUUGAUAAGCUCCUAAUAAUGAUGUGUUGAGCUCUUGAGUUGAACAAAAUGAACUCAAUGAUGGUACAGUAUAUGGAAUUGCAGAGUUUAAAAGGUGGUCUGGAGCUCGGUUAAGCCCUCUUCCUCCGCCCAUGAUAAUGUCAUGUAUACAAAAGCUUAGUUUUCCCUAAAAUAAAUACGAACUUGAACUUCGACAUGUCAUGAUAAUGGUAGUGUUUUAUUACGUAGUAUUAUUUUUUGUUAGUCUCCUGUCAAUUAAUAUCUUGUUUAAUAAACUCAAC